AACCUUUGACCCGACUUCCGCAAAGUUAGUUGAUGAGGUAAUGGCCCGGAACCAUAGCGAGGCUACAUCCGGGCACUCCUGCGGAUUGAGGCAAGAUGGCGCCCAUCGGCGACAAGUUGGUCAUGGGAGCGAUGGCUGAGAAUUCCGACGAAGACGAAGGCAAAAAUUUAUGGUCCACGAUAUUGAGUGACGUUUCGACCCAGUCGAGCUCCAAGCUUCCGUCAUGCAAAAGCAUCAUCGUUGCAGGCGAAGACGAGUCAGGGAAAACCACUUUGAUAGCAAAAAUGAGAGGAGACGACGAACUGAAGAAAGGGGCUGGGCUGGAAUACUUCUACUUAGAAGUUCACGAUGAAGAUAGAGACGACCACACAAGGUGCGGUGUGUGGGUGAUGGACGGAGACUCACACCACAGGGGCUUGUUGCGGUUUGCCUUGUCAGCAGAAAAUAUAGAGCACACGUUAGUCAUGCUGGCGGUGGACAUGUCCCGACCAUGGACCAUCCUGGAGUCUCUACAGAAAUGGGCAGACAUCAUACACCACCACAUCGAUAGGUUGAAAGUCCCUCCUGAGAAGAUGAAAGAAUUAGAAGAGCAAUUGGUCAGACAGUACCAGGAAUAUGUAGAACCUGAGGAAGGUGCCCAGUCCCCACAGCGGCCCAAGGCCAUGACCCCAGGAGCAGGGGAGGAGGAAACUGUGGUUUUGCCCCUCGGGGAGGACGUACUGACACACAACCUAGGAGUGCCUGUGGUAGUAGUUGUAACAAAGACGGACGCCAUCAGUACCCUGGAGAAGGAGCAUGACUAUCGAGAGGAGCACCUGGACUUCAUCCAGCAGCACAUACGCAAGUUCUGCCUAAGAUACGGAGCAGCACUAUUUUACACAUCUGUCAAGGAAGACAAGAACAUCCAGCUGUUAACCAAGUACCUGGAACAUAGGUUAUAUGACUUCCCCUUCCACACGCCUCCACUGGUGGUGGAGAAGGAUGCUAUUUUCAUUCCAUCGGGAUGGGACAACCACAACAAGAUCAGCAUCUUGUACGAGAACCUGCACAACAUGAAAGCAGAGGACGCCUUUAAUGACAACAUUGCGAAGCCCAUCAUCAGGAAGUCUGUUGGAGAAGCCAGAGAGGUGAUCGCCGAUGACGAGCAAGCGUUCCUGAUGAAACAACAGGCUGUCCUGUCCAAGGCGCUGCCAGCGGGGGCGCAGAGAGACUCGCCACAGCGAUCACCCAUGGGGGUCCAGCGUACGCCCGAGAGAAGAGUCGGCGCAAACGUCGCCAGUGUGUCGCCCAUCCCUGCUGGAGGGAAGAAGUUGGAGGGAGCGAAAGGUGCAGCAGGAGCCAGUGAGGGAGUGCUGGCCAAUUUCUUCAACAGCCUGCUCAGUAAGAAGACCGGUGCUGGUGGUAGUCCGGGAGCACCAGGCACCCCAGCAGGCAAGAGUCCAGGUAAUACAGUUGGUCCUGCAGACAAGGCAGUAAGGAGCGACGCAGCAGCAGAGUUAGAUCGACUGACACGAGGAACGAGAAAGCCCGUUCAAGGGCAGAACCCACAGAGUAGCAGCGCGUCCUGAGUUGAGCGGCAUGCACUCAGCGCAUCUCAACUAUAGAAAUCUACCAUUGCUAUGCUAAGAGACAAAAGAAAUUAAAUGAUUAUGUAUCAUUAUUAUUGCUGUAGACUUUAACAAAGGCUCUGUCAUCUUCAAUGUGGUUUUUGUAAACAUACUAUUAUUCUAACAAGAAAAUAUUAACGAGAGUCUAUUCCAAAUGUACUACUAGUACGUAAACCUUUUUGCUAUGGACUGCAAGUAAAACAAAGAAGAAAUCAGUUGUUAUACAAUUUGCUGUUUUUUCUUGUGUUGAGGAAGACUGUCUCUUUAGACAAUUCUUACAUUUCUAUUGCAAACAUGGUGGAAAUUUGGUAGUUCAUGGUAAGUUGUCACAAUUGUAUUUUAAAUUAUUCUAAGUUUGAAGGCCAUUGGUUUCCACCAUGACAGCAUCAUCAGCGCCCACAGAAAUAGAUGAUACAAAAGUUAAUCAAAAUGAAUGUGUAUUAUGUAGAUUUGAAGGACUCCUCUUGCGUGAAAUGUGUUCUUUCUACCUGCAGCUGUAAUGUUUGUUUUAGUUUCUAAGACCCAAUCAUGGCUUGGUUCAGGGAUGUACUUUAUUUGUUGGCCAGAAACAAUUGAAUUAUAAUGCCACUUUGAUUUGUUUGCACACUUAAAGACUUAGGGGCUUCCUGAUGGUCAAGAUACUACAAGUUAAUACUAAAAGUUGUUAAAAACACUUGAAAUGUUACUGAAGACUACAGGCAUUCAAAUCCACAAGGCACCGUGGAAAAUGUAACCCUUGAUAUAUUUUAGGCUCUUGCUUCUUUGACUUAAAAUCAACUAAUAGCUCAUUAUAUGUACCCAAAAGCAGCAGAGAUCAAGAGGCUAUGUUUAUUCUAUAGAUCAUGCUAUGCAUCUACCUUCUUGAUAAAACAUUCAGACACCCUGGCAUUGGUUUUACAUCCACUCAGCUUAAGUAUGUCAUGCCCAAGCGCCAAAUUGGUGCCAACAUGCUGCCUGUUCAGUUAAUCUUGAAACUAUAUUUAGUUAACCAAAGAAAGGCAGCUCAUAAUGGCCUUUCGUGGAAGGCAGGUAGCAUUGGCAUGAGGGAGGCAUGAGUCUUUCUUUGCGGACAUUGUAAUGUAAUGAAGUUUGGUGAAGAAAAGAUGCAUUCUUUCAAUUGUCACACAGAUCUUGUUUAAAUCCCUUCCCUUAAGCACUGACCAUAGGUUUGAUAUAACAGUACAAUGCUGUACUCCCCUAUCCUGCUUUGGCUGUAUACAAUGUGAUGUUGAUAUGGGAAGAGUCUAGGCUUCUAAGAUGCUCAAGUCUUUCAGUGGAAGAAGGGGAGUGCAUUUUUUUGGCCAAGCCUUUUAUUUGUGAUUCGAAUGGUUUGACCAUAGCUUCACAUGAUUUGUAAUAAUGGUGACAUUUCAAAGCACUGCUGACUUCAAUUAUCAAAAUUUCCCAGUUGGAAUAGAUGGUCAGGUUGAAUAGCCAUACUUAUCAGUUUUGUGAUAUUUUUCGUAGUUAGAGGUAGCAACAACAUGGCACAAUGCUAACUGGGAAAGAAUGUAAGCAUAGCUAAGAAUGAUAUCCAUAUGCAUGGAUUGUAGGAUCCUGUCUAAGUUUUCAAGGCAGAAAGUUAUGUAACUGGGUAUAACCAUAGUUUGAUAUGUUUGCGAGUGCAUACCUUUCAAUUACUGAUACAUGAUCUAUGAUCUUACAAACUGGUACAUUGUACAUGUUUGCAAUUAUUGUGCUGGAAAGGGAAAAAAAGAUGUGUUUUGCAGGUAUGUGUGCAAAUAUAACUACAUUUGUAAUAUAAUCCGUAGCAAUGUUAUGUUGGAAAAUGAAAUGCUUGCUGACUUAUUACUACUAUUGUUUAUUCGAUCUGGUCAAAGUGUUGCUUUCAAGAAUGGGAAACUGGUAACCAAUACACGCACCUAGGGCAUACAAUGUACAUCACAUCCAAAGUCAACAAACAAAAAUUUUGACACGAUUAGUGGAGACUUUGAUAAGAGCUGUAAUGAUGAAUUGUAUUAAAGCUGGUUAAAAAGUGA